AUGUCGGACAGCGAGGACAGCAACUUCUCGGAGGACGAGAGCGAGCGCAGCAGCGAGGAGGGCGACGACAACGAGGCCGAGGAGCAGCGCGGGGGGGGCAGCGGGGAGGAGGAGGAGGAGGAAGACGACGAUCGCCCGGCCAAGAAGCCGCGGCAUGGCGGCUUCAUCCUGGACGAGGCCGAUGUGGACGAUGAGUACGAGGAUGAAGAUCAGUGGGAGGAUGGGGCCGAGGACAUCCUGGAGAAAGAGGAGAUCGAAGCCUCCAACAUUGACAACGUGGUGCUGGACGAGGAUCGCUCGGGGGCCCGGAGGCUGCAGAACCUCUGGAGGGACCAGCGGGAGGAGGAGCUGGGCGAGUAUUACAUGAAGAAAUACGCCAAGUCCUCUGUGGGGGAGACGUGAGUGACCAAUGAGUGACCAAUGAGUGACCAAUGAGUGACCAAUGAGUGACCAAUGAGUGACCAUUGAAUGACCAAUGAGUGACCAAUGAGUGACCAUUGAGUGACCAAUGAGUGACCAAUGAGUGACCAAUGAGUGACCAUUGAAUGACCCCUGUGUGACCCUGAGUGACCAAUGAGUGACCAUU